UCUUGCGUUGUAAAUGCCAUACUCAUCCACACCUCCAGAUGGCAGUAAUGUCCCGCUUUUCCCACUGAUAUUCCUCGAAGCAGAAAGAAACACACAUCACAGAGCAUGAUGAUUCAAUAAAACUAUCUAUAUGCGUUCGUCUUGACCCAGUUUUCAGACUAUAAUGCAGAAGAAUGCUGUCUACAGAAAGUGAUCCAGUCUAAAGUCUGGCUGAGUUUUGGUUGGCCAAAGAAUGAAUAAACACUUAAAAAGGUUUGGUCAUGAAGGUUUGUUAUGGCUCUCUGUUUGUGGUUUGUUGCAAUAUUCCCAGUAUCAUGUUGGGCUCAGGAGCUUUACGAAACAGUAGACGGUGAUGUUUUCCAGCCUCAGAGCGCUCUUACGGAUAUGGAGUUUUCCACCGUGAACUCCUACCGUGGACCUGGAAACAACGACCGUCGAUCUAAUAAAGAUCUACCCAUCCUUUUGUGGUGGAGCUCCAAUCUCUUCCCUCAUUUCCCAGAAGACACCGAGCGCGUGGACUGCUCUCGCUCAUCCUGCAUGGUGACGCGCAACCGCAAAGUCCAGCUGUAUCGCCGCACGGCGUCCAUCAUCUUCUACGGCACGGACUUCAGGGCUUACGAAGCCCCGCUGCCACGUUUGCCCCAUCAAACCUGGGCGUUGUUCCACGAAGAGUCGCCCAUGAAUAACUAUCUCCUCUCUCACAGCGUCGGCAUCAGGCUCUUCAACUACACGGCCACAUUCAGCAGAGAGUCCGAUUAUCCUUUAACCCUGCAGUGGCUGCCGUCGCUGGAUUAUCUUCUGACACCGAGCGCUGUGUCUCUGGAGGAGAAGAACCGCUGGAGACGGGCCGGUCUUGCCCCUGUCCUCUACAUGCAGUCUCAUUGCGAUGUGCCUUCGGACAGGGACCGAUACGUGCAGGAGCUGAUGAAAUACAUACAGAUCGACUCGUAUGGGAAAUGUCUUAACAACAGACCUCUGCCUGCACAUCUGGAGGACACCAGCACGGCCACCGGUGAGGACGGACGCUUCAUGAGCUUCGUUGCCCGUUAUAAGUUCCACCUGGCUUUAGAGAACGGCCUGUGUCCGGACUACGUGACCGAGAAGCUCUGGAGACCCAUGCACCAGGGCUGUGUGCCCAUAUACAGAGGAUCGUCUUCAGUGGCCGACUGGCUGCCGAACAAUCGCUCCGUCAUCCUCAUCCACGAUUUCCCCUCUCCUCGAGAUCUGGCCCAACACAUAAAGGCUCUGGAUGGAGACGAUGAAGAGUACUCGCGUUAUUUAGAGUACAAAACGCCUGCCAAGAUCACAAACCUGCGUCUGUUGGAUGGGUUAGAGACGAGGGAGUGGGGCGUUAAUGAUAUGAGUAAACCCAACUACCUGAACGGCUUUGAGUGUUUUGUGUGCGAUCGAGAGAACGAGCGGCUGAACGCAUUAAAAGCGCACAAGAAGAAUCCAGAACAGAACCCCAUCCCUCUACCAAAGAUGGCCAACGGAUCACACAUGGGAUGUCCACUUCCCACUCCUGGAUACGGAUCUGUGGAGAGCAUCGAUCGGAAUGACAGCUGGCUCCAGAUGUGGCCGCAGGACUACUGGCAGAGUUUGGAUCAGGCCGAAGGUUUAGAGUCGCUCAUCAGACAUAAUGCGUCUGACCCGUCUUUACUAUGGCAGCACAUGCAGAACAUCGCUGCCAGGAGAGCUAAAGGUCAAUGAGUUUACAUCACAGAUAUGAAGAAUGAGGCUUCACCAAACAUCAUUCAAUCUCAUACUGAAGAGACAAUCCUGAAGUGAAUGUGUGCAUAUACAAGUCACACAUUAUAUACAGAUCACAAUGAUCUUCUUAUUAAAAUAUCCUUCUUUUGAUUAAAUUCAUCAUGUUACAGAUGAAUAUUACUGCAGCUGUGAUGAACACACUUCAUCAUGAUUUUUAUCAAUUACAUUUCACGCCAUAAUUAAAAGAAAACCAUUGCAUCAUCA